AUCAUAACUCGUGUUAUGAUGUAUGUGAGAAAAGACAUUGCCAUAAAGCAUGUUUUACAAUGUUUUGAGAAAAACAUUUUGAAGCGUUCACCCUCAGCUGCUUCUUCAUGGGAUCAUACUGCCACCUUCUGGAUUAAAGAUGCAGAAGUUGACAGAUGAAGUCAAGGACACAGGAAGCUGGAAUUUUUUCAAGAUUCACGUUCGUGUCUGGCCACUGGACAUAUUUGUUUGUAUAACGCAGCUCAUAUUUCCACCAGGUUAUAUGCUUCUUCUUUCUCUUGUCGCUAUUCUUUGGUUUGUGUGCAUUUAAUGGUUGUUGUUUUUGGUUUUGUUAUCUUAUUGAUGGUUUUAUGUUUAUGCUGUGAUAUUUAAUUUCUAUCAAAAAUAUAAUCAUUUCUAUUAUUUUUACACAUUAGAAAGGAUUAUUAUAUAAAGACAAUGUAUUAUAAUACUAAAGUAAAUAAUCCAUAUAUUCACACUUCAUGUUGCCUUUUUAAUUCAGCAUGGUCAUGCUUUAUUUAGUAAGCUUAUUGUACAAUAUGUGUUAAUUACCUUUAGUGGGUACAAUAUUCCCAUUGUCCUCUCGUAGCUGUUAGUGUCAGUACUAAUUCCUUAGGGCUUUAAAGGAUUAAUUCGUCAGUGGGUUAUUCCAUUGUGACCCAAUCAAAAUCAGACGAGUUCAUUGCUCAUUGUGGAUGUUCAGUCCACUCACUAAACAUAUUAACAAUAUCCCCGUUUUUUGGGGUACACAAAUAAAACCUUUGUACCUUGUAAAAAUUAAGAAAUGUAAGCAUGUUCUGAAUUCACGUCAGCGUGGAAGACUAUACAGCUGUGGGGUGCGUGGAAGCAGUCCCCUCUCUAUAAAAGGCCCUCACCUCUCACACUGUGGUGAUGUUGUAAUUUCCCCCGUGUGUUAACAGUGGAGCUUCACAGUCACACUCCACAAAGCGCUUUGUUGGUGUUAUUCCGAGCCCCCGUCAGUGAACAGCCAGAAGGGAGUGGCAUCUCAGGAGUAGAAUUUCACUUCCUGUAUCUCUCAGGUGAGUCACCUGGGCAAUGUCGUCGAUUGCUCAAGGUUUCUUGUCGACAUCUAACGUGUGAGUUUCAGAGUCGGAAAGGAUCAGAUCUGCCGGCAGAGCGUUUGGGGACGUUUUGAACCAUUUUCUGGAUGCGUAUCGGAGCUGAAGGUUUGAUUUGAGAGAAGAAGCAAAGUGUGUUUGAAACUUUGCGGCCUAAAAACACUCAGAGGAAAAACAGACAUUGUUCAACAAUAAGUGGUAUUUGUAUUCGCUACUGUCGUAAAAGGGAAUCUCUGGGCUUUUAAUUUGUGUGGAACUCUUCCAAAGGACGUAUCAGAUGAAUCCCCCCCUCCGAGCACAAUGGGGAGCGUGUGCGCUCCUGCUCCUAGUGCUGAUAGACUCCACUUGCGGACAGGAGACCGGUGAGAUAUGCUUAGCCCGGUUCAAAAAGGGUCGGGAGGACUUUGUCCUCGACGCAGACGAGUCCGUGAAAGACGGAGCGACGUUCAUCUCGUCGCCGAAGUUGGAUCGACACAAGGACUGCAUGAGCGCCUGCUGCAAAGAGCCGCGGUGCAAUGUCGCCUUCAUGGAGAGGGGAGCCGAGGAAGGCACGGUCCAGUCCUGCUUUCUCUUCGAUUGUCUGUACAAGAAGAAGUACGCCUGCCGCUUCGUCAGGAAGACGGGAUACAUCAACUACAUCCUGGACUCCGUUUAUGAGAGCUACCUUGAACUGGAUGUUCCCCGAAAUGACGCUGACCGUCCCCCGGUGGCAUUUGGAGGCCAGGACCGUGUGGUCCAGCCUCAGGACACCGUGACUUUGAACGGCAUAGAAAGCAAAGAUGACCAGCAGGUUGUCUCUUACCAGUGGCAAAUGCUCACCAGUUAUCCUUAUGCUGUCAUUGAGAAAACCAACUUUGAGGACCAGAUUAUCGUGUCCAAUCUGACAUCUGGGGUGUACAAGUUCCAGCUCACAGUCACAGAUAGCAUCGGCCAGUCUGACUCAACCAAGGUCACCGUGCUGGUCCUGACUCCUGAGCAGUCUGAGCACCACUGUAUGGCUCCGAUGAAGAUUGGGCCGUGCCGCGGUUCCUUCCCUCGCUGGCAUUACAAUGCUGCCUCAGAGAAGUGUGAGAAGUUCACGUUUGGGGGCUGCAGGGAGAAUCUCAACAACUAUCUCAACAAGGAUGAGUGCACCAACGCCUGCUACGGCUCAGAAAAAAAUGGUAAAACUGGCAGAGGUUUGCCAAUUCCUGAGCUUCACGCAGAAAGAUGCGGUGACUCGUGUGCAGUGGGGGAAUUCACCUGUGCAAACGGCUGCUGUUUGACUCCGGGUCUGGAGUGUGACUCGACUCCACAGUGUAGCGACGGCUCAGAUGAACAGAAAUGUGAUGAAUUGAACAAAAAUUUUCGGAUUCUGCUGCAGAUUCCAGUGAAUGAACAAAAAGUGCGCUGCACAGCGUUUCCUGACACUGGAAACUGCAGGGACAGUCUAACCAAGUGGUAUUACAACCCCAUCCAGGAGAGCUGCUUCCGCUUCAACUACGGUGGCUGCCAAGGAAAUGAGAACAGAUUUGACUCUGAAGCGUCCUGUCUUAGAGUUUGCCAUGGGGUAACAGAUAAGGAUGUGUUUGCAAGAGAAAAGGGAUUUGAAGGCAGAGUGGCUGAAGGCCAAACGGGCAUCAUAGCUAUAGCUGCCCUCCUGGGUGUUGCCAUCUUCGUCUUACUAUGCCUCCUGGUGUACUGCCUCAUGAAAGGCAAGAAGAAGUCUUCACAGCACCACCGUGUGCCCGUCAACACUGUCCCAGUCACCUUGGAGGACAGAGAGCGCCUGGUCUACAACAGCACCACCAAGCCCAACUGAUGCUUCAGUCCUCACCUUUGACCCCCAUCGUGGUUGUGAAUUACACUGGUUGCUGGACACAGUUGUCGUACACUGAAACAAUGUCCAUUGACCUGAGUUUGAAUGCAGGAGGGGAUGUGUUUUUUAUUUUGUCCAUAUAUGGAUGUAUUUUCUAUGGGUAAUGUACAUGGAAGGCCAAAUGUCUUCAGUGAUGUUAUAUUUGGACUUUUAGCUUGUUUUUAAAUGCAGUGUCCUGUUAAAAUGAAUUGUUUGGUAUCAGUUUGCACUCAGGUUAACAGUGAAGGAUUGUCUUUAGUUUGAUGGUAGAUUGCCACUGGAUGUCAUUGAAUCAGGUUCAAUUCCAAAAUAUGUUCUACUUUGUUGUAUUUGCUUCCUUUCUAAACAAUCUGAUUGUUCUUAGUGAAGAGCUCUUAUUGUCACUAGGUCCACAUUGGUCCGUUACUUUUAAGUAAGAGUUUAGAUUCCUGUGCGUCCCUUAAGAGCUCUGGGAAUCUUUGUCUAUAUGUCAUGUAUUUUGAAGAUCCCCUCACAAUCCUGCCCCGCCAGCUUCUUCACUCUGUCAAAUUAAUUUUGAUCCUGUUUAGAAACCAUUGUUACAUUGUGUUACACAUACCUGCAUAAUGUUGUACAUAAUCUUACAAUUUUAAGAAAGUAAUAUUUUACUUGUUUUGUUUUUUUUUGUCAAUGAUUUUUCAGACAAGCAUAAUGCCGACAUCUUAUAAUGCCUAUUAAUU